CUAAUAAAGUUGAAGUUCCUUCCUAACACUGAGGAAAAUAAACACUAAACUAAAGUUCCUAAAUGUGGUAAAGUGGUGAUGUGAUGAUGAUUGUGAACCUGUGCAGCCUAUGCUGACGAAAAUCUGAAAGCAGUGAACCAUUGUGAAACUCAAAAUGAUGAACGAUCAAGAAAAGCUUCUCAAGUAUCUUGUGUCUGUCGAGAAGUUGGCUGAAGAAAUAUUGUCUGAUAACAAAGAAAUCAUACUCUUAGAUAAACGAAGAAACCUGAAUAGAGAAGCAUUGCGAGAUAUUUCUAAAUCUGGCCAAUCCAAGUGUUUAGUUACUGUGGGAUCUGUACUUGUGAAACACGACAUAGAAGCUACAAAGAGUCUGCUUGAGGCUGACCAGAAACAACUUAACAUUGAUAUUAAUAAGCUUCGGAGUGAUCUUAAAGUCAAAGUGAACAAUUUGAGGGACUUAGAGAUGCAGCCACCUGUUCCGGGGUUGAUGUUAGCACCUCUGUCUGCUAAAGAAGCUACUGGACUUUCUAGAGCUGGGAUGAUGUAGUGUUUUUCCUCUAUAAAUACUUAUGAAGCAUCAAAUUUUAUGCUUCCUUUUUGGUCUCUAGAUUACAUACAUUUAUGAUGA